GGCGGCCAUGGCGGAGCCGUCGGGGCCCCCGAGCCCGGGCCGUGCGGAGGCCCCGGUGCUGCAGUACAGCGUCCUGCUGCAGGAGCUGGUGGGAGACGGGCGGCGGGGACGGGGCGGGCCGCUGCCCGGCCGCCUCCCGGCCCUCCUCGGCCCCGCCAAGACCGACGAGCAGAAGGUGAUGGAGGCCGCCAUGGACAGCUGCGCCUUCAAGGCCGCCAUCGCCUGUGUGGGAGGCUUCGUCUUGGGUGGUGCAUUUGGUGUGUUCACCGCUGGCAUUGACACCAACGUGGGGUUUGAUCCCAAGGACCCCUACCGCACCCCGACUGCCAGAGAAGUCCUUAAAGAUAUGGGCCAGAGAGGAAUGUCCUAUGCCAAGAACUUUGCCCUCGUUGGGGCCAUAUUUUCCUGCACUGAAUGCCUGGUGGAAUCUUACCGGGGGAAAUCAGAUUGGAAAAACAGCGUCAUUAGUGGCUGCAUUACAGGAGGAGCCAUCGGUUUUAGAGCUGGCUUAAAGGCAGGGACCAUUGGAUGCGGAGGCUUUGCUGCAUUUUCAGCCGCAAUCGACUACUACCUCCGGUGAAGUGGCGCCUCUGGAGCCCCGUAGCUGAGCCCUCGGGCAGAGGCCAGGAAUCCCGUACGGCUCCAGCGGCACGACGGGGAGAGACUUGAUCCAUUCGUUUGCCCUGCCUUGGCCCGGCGGUGACGGGCGGGAGCCCGUUCUGACUGGCCGGCCUUCUGUUUCCUCAACAGCCAGACUUCUGUGCUCUCCCCGCACCCUGGCUGGCCGCCCACACCCAGGAUCACUGAUCCUGUUGGAUCUCACCCAGGGCUUUCAGAGACGGAGCCCCAUCGGACUAUCUCCGAAAGACGGAUCGGGAGAUAGCUGUUGACUUCCAGGGAUUCAAUACGUCUCAAGUGCAAUGGUUCUGUUUACCACUGUCCUCUGGGUUCCCAAGGGCUGUAGUCUGGGUGUCUCCCUCUCUCUCUCUCUCUUUCCAUUGUGCUGUAGCUGCCGCCUCAGCCCAUCCACAAGUGAGGCAGGAAUAGAUUUGUUCCACCUGUGCCGUCUAGGGCUUAAGGUGCUCUUUGCUUCCUUGGCCACUUUUCUGCGCAACCUUAACAUAUGUAUUUAAGUAGAAAUAAAUAAAUUGGUUUGGAAUAAAAA